AGACUUGAGAGCCCAGGAGAGCCUUGUAGUUGAGAGCAAAGUGACCAAGAUCAAGAAAUGGGUUGCUGCAACUGUAGGAGAGCUUGAAGAAGAGAACAAAAGAUUGGUUAUUCUAAAUGAAGAUGCAAAUGACACAAUCAGAAAACUACAACUCAGACUAAAAAAUCAAGAGAAUGGUCAAUAUCAUGCGGACACUUCAGGGCGUUCCAAUGGAUCAGAUGAUGUGUUAGAUGUUAGACCAGAUUCCACCCUUUCAGAAGAUCCACCUCUUAUACCAGCCAGACCCACCUCAUCAAGCAUCAGAGACCAUCUUAUAGCAGUCACCACGGAAACAGAACUGAAUGGAAAUGAUAUCCACCACAGACAGGAAGUGACUUCUGAGAUAAAUGACAAUGUUGAAGAAGAGCCUCUUUUUGCCGUUGGUCCAGUGAUCAAUCACGCGGAAGAUGGUACUAAGAAAGACUGGAGGACAAACCGGAAUGAAUCCAAUUCAAACAAUGGACAAGCUCUGACCCCAGGAAGUGAAAUGUCAGGGUCGGAGGAAGACAACCUGAUUGACAGUGCAGACCUUGAUCACUCCAUGUCUUUGUUAUCAACGUCAAGUGGUGGACUGUCACCUGAUAUACCCCUAGCCACACUUGCCCCUCCUCCAACACCGUCCACACCUGUUGGAGAAGAUGGAGCAAACCUUGCACAAUGCUUGAUCAAAGCACAGGACAAAACAAACACGAGAACAAAGCCACCACGUCGCAAAUCAUCAAGGAAUGAUGAUGAAGUCAUUCCAUCUGCUCUAUCACUUAUUGCUGACUCUGUCAGUGCAACCGCCGAGAUGCUUCAGAAUUCAGUCAAGCCUAAGCAUUUUCCCAUCAUGGAGCUAAAUAACGGUGAAACCCUUGAUAUAUCCCUUCCCACCUUUGAAAGAACAGUCUCCAAUGCUGUCCAUAAUCUAGAAUUUGACUCCACCUUAGAAGGUUUUGAUGAUGAUGUCUUCUUAGAGGGUGGAUAUGCUCGCAGCAGUGACUAUGCAGAGUUGUUGAGGACACGUUCCCUGAGCCAACAGUCUGGUCAGGAUGACAGCUACCAGAGCUUGAAGAAGGUUCAGAUGAAAAAGAUGCAAAAUGGGGUUUUAAUGGAAGGUAGUCAAGACAUCCUUGAGGUACCAGAGCUACCAUCAUCAGAAGAAGGUUAUCAAAGUCUCAGGAAUGUUCACGAUCACUUUGACAACCUUCGUGCGAAUGAUGCUGUAGAGGCACUACCUGAUGUUUGUGGGUAUGAAGGGGGCGGGGAUGAGAAGAGUAGCCCUGCUUUUGAUCCAGCCUUUGACCUGGACUAUGAUGAGCCUCCGGACGAUGAUUCGUUGUUGAUGGAAGAAUCCGCAGAUAAUGCUGGAAGUCGGGAGUCUGUUGACUCUGGUAAACCUCCACCACCGCCAGAAAGGAAAGCACCGUCAUGGGAAACCAGAAUUUAUGCUUUGGCUGAAAAUGGUCUCAAAAUGUCUCCAAGUGUCGCACCUGUUAUAGAUUCUUCAGUAGUUACUCCUGUACCAGUAUGUCUUGUGGAAGAAGGAUCAAGUACAAACAGCCUCUUUAGAGAUGUGGAUGUUCCAGUGUACACAACUUUAAGAGGGCGUUUGACUCUGAUCCGCUCCACACCUUUCACGGGCGAAUCCUCUGACUCCUCUGAUGAUGAAUCAAGCUCCAAGCCACCCCCUCCUCCUGCCUCUCACUCUAGUCCCCAUGGAUCUCUCAAGUUCCUCAAGUCAAGUAAAGUAACCGGUGGAAGUCUCAAGCUCACAUCUUCCUCCUCAAUGGGUAGUCCUAAGAAGAAGAUGGCAGCAGGAUCAUCUUCUACCCUACCUUCAGCUGGUCAGAAGAGAGGUGUUUCAACCCAAUCUUCAGCUUCUGAUGCUGAUUAUUCUAUACCGCCUGAUGCUAUAAGGUCACAUGAUGGAAACAGCUCUGAUGAACCAGAACCUAAAGCUAAGCUUCUCAAGACAUGUAGUCUAGACAAAGCUUCAAAGUCAAGUUCAGAUUCCCUUGAUAAGUCAGACAAGGAGCCCUUAGAGAAGGCUGGUUGGUUGACUAAACUAGGUGGUCGGGUGAAGACUUGGAAGAGACGAUGGUUUGUUCUCAAAGUUGGACAGUCUGAGCUGCUCUAUUACAAAUCACCAAAUGACACUUCAAGGAAACCCCGGGGCCAGGUUCCUCUUGACAAGUUCUGUAAGAUAGCACCCUCUGAGGGUCUACAGACGUUUGAGCUAGCAACAUCUAAGAGGACUUACUACCUUACUGCAGAAUCACCGGCUGUCAUGGAGGAAUGGAUUAAAUUAAUUGAGAGAGUGUUGGAAAAAUACAGGAAACCAAGUGAGUUACCCUUAGCUUUGCCUCAAGGUGUUACUAUGCAAGGCUGGGUCACAAAGGUCAAAUUAGGAAACUCUAAGAGGUGUUGGUUUGUUCUUGCUGAUAGGAACCUCAAGUACUUCAAAUCAGACAAAGAUAAGUCUCCCCUUGGGUCAAUAGAUAUGAGAGAAGCAUCUGUGUCUGAGGUUGACCAAUCAGCUGUAUCUGAUGAUGAAGGAGAUGAGAAGACAGAACCAACAAAGUUUACUCUCUCAAUUAUCUCUCGUAAGCCAGAUAAACAAAGUACAACCUUCCUCAACUAUUCAUCACAAGAAGAAAAGGAUUCCUGGUUGUAUCAUCUUAUGGUUGCAAGCGGUGGGAGUGGUAGCAACUCACCUGAUGGUGGUACGGAAUUCGAAAACAUCAUCAAGAAGUUGAUGAACAGUGAGAACCCCCUCUCUAGUCCACUCUGGAAGCAUCCUGUCAUGUUAUAUUCAAAGGAGAGUCGGGAUCGCCCCCUCACCACACUUCUAUCUGAUGCUCUUAGCAGAGAGGCUGUCAAAUUUAGUAAGGCAUGUAAUUUAUUCAUUAGUUCAUCAGUGGACAUGCCUGCUGUGGACUAUCAUGUCAACCUGGCCCAGAAUGCAUUGCAAACUGGCCUUUCUCAUACCGAACUUCAAAAUGAAAUGUACUGUCAACUGAUUAAACAAACCAAUCACAGACCAGCAUUAACAAAAGCAGUGAGUGCUGAUGAUAGUACAGGAGAUAAUUCAUCCAGUAAUCAUGUGAUCAGUCAAGCAUGGCAGCUACUAGCAAUGAUAUGUCAGCUCUUUCUUCCUUCUCAUCAGUUUAUGUGGCUUCUCAAAACACAUCUACAAAGAUUAGCUAACUCAAAAACUGAAGCUGGGAAAUAUGCCAUAUUCUGUCAGAGAUCAGUAGAACGUACUAACAGGAAUGGAAGACGAGAGGCCAGACCAUCUAAGCUUGAGGUCUUAUCUAUAGUACAGAGACAUCCAUAUUAUCACUCUAAACCUAUCAGCAUUCCAGUUCACUUUGCUAAUAAUACUUAUCAGGUUGUAGGCUUUGACAGUUCAAUGACUAUCAAGGAAUUCUUACGUCAGCUGAACCAUCACAGUGGAAUGAGAUCAGAAGAUGAAUCAGGUUUUGCUCUGUUCUCUGAUGACCCAUCUGGGAAACAGAUCCAGCAUUGCUUACAAACAAAUGUCAAGAUAUGUGAUGUCAUCUCAAAGUGGGAACAAGCUUCCAAGGAAUGCAAAGCAGGCAAGAAAGAUGGCUCAAAGAUCAUCAGACUUACAUACAAACAUAAAGAAUACCAGAAACAAUGCAGUCACAGUGAGACAGAUAGAGAACGAUUGUUAUUAGCAUAUCAAGUUAAUUCAGACCUUGUUGCUGGAAGGUUUCCCAUUAGUAAAGAAAUGGCAUUGGAGUUAGCAUCAUUAAUGGCUCAGGUUGAUUUAGGUGAUUGUAAAUUAAGUUCAUCUUCUGAACCUUCCUCUGGUUCUGUCAGCUCAGCUAGUAAUCAAACAUUAGAAACCGUCCUGGAAAGGUUCUAUCCCAUUAGGUAUCAACCAGCUGCAGAAAAUGAAAGAAGGAAGCUGAAACACAAGAUAAACGAGAAGUGGAAUGAACUUAGAGGGCGUAGUCAGACUGAGUGUAUCCGUAUCUAUGUGACAGUCCUCAGGAAAUGGAGACACUUUGGAGCGUACGUCAUACCCGCCACUUGCAAGUAUGGAAAACAGGAACGAGUCUGGCUGACUGUCUGUGAGAAUGGUCUCAGUAUCUUAGAGUUCAAUUCACUUGAGGAUAAGAUCUCGUAUCCCUUAUCAUCCAUUGUUACGUUUGGUGGUUGUCGUGACGACUUCAUGCUGGUAGUAAGAAAACAAACAGAAGAUGAUUCUGACUUCACUACAGAUAAGCUGAUGUUUGACAUGACAAAAGCAAAGGUAUCUCAACUGACCCAUCUGAUCAGUCAUUUCAUUCGGACAAUGGUCAAAGCUAAAGGUCUACCCCCAGGACCAUUAGCCGAUGAGAAACAUAGAAAGCCACCACCACAACCCAAGCAGAUAUCAAGCACUAAAUCAAGUAAAACAUCACUAGCAUCAUCAUCAUCUGCUAAGAGUAAAGAUAGCAAGGAUGGGGUGAUUGGAAUAGCAGUUUAGCAAGAGAAUGAUUGGUUUUAAAGAAGUCCUUAACCAUCUCCUCGAACCUAACAAACAAUGAGCACAGAAUCCAGUUUGACCUAAGUAGCAUAGACAUUGGCUAAAAGUAAGGAUAGCAAGAGAAUGAUAGUAUGAGUUUGAUAAAAAAUUAAAGAAAGCGCAACCUAUCAUGUUGACCCAAUUAAGACUACAGGUAGAUAGUCAAGUAAAUGUCUAAUAGGCAACAACAUACUGACUAGGUGUAAAGGCAGCAAGGAAUUAAGUGAAUGGGAGAGGAGGUUAGUACUAUGCUGAUUAACUUUUCAUUGCACAGAAAUAUAAUUCUUGAGAAUGUCUUGAUAUUCACAAUGCAUGAUUUGACAUUCAAUCAGAUUCAGAUCAAUAUAUUGCUACUUAAACUGGGAAUUGAUUUUAAUAGCAGUCAAGUAUUGCCAUGAUAAAUUUCCUACUAGACCAUGGAGACACCAUGAACCAGCUUUUAAUACUUAUGUUUAACAAAAGUACACACAGAAAAAAAUAUUCUGACAGCUAUGCCAUAAUGGAUUGAAUAUGCUGCUUGUACAUGAAUUCAUUCUAACUUGAAAAAUACUAAACAAAUAGUACAGUGCCAUUUUGUGUUGAGUAGCAGUCAAGUUGAAAUAACUUCUCAUAUCUUCUUGUAACCUCUGUUUUUUUUUUCAUUGAUUGAUUCUUACAAACUUGCAUUUUGAUAAAAUAUCUGAUAAAAUAUUCAAUUUAGUAAGUAUACUCCCUUCUAUUUUUCAUUGUGAAUUAUAAUCAACUCACUUUUUUGCAAGUACUUGUAUCGCUUUGCUGUUUUUGUGCAAAUUGUUUGCAAAUCAACUCACCAUAUUGCAAUAUUAUUUGUUUCUGUAAUAUUUUAUUGGAUAUGCAAUGACAUAUCUCAUCAAACCUCUUGCCAAUUAUCCUGUUAACAAAUAUGACUUCUUUUUUUAAAAUAGAAUUAUAGACAAGUGCAUGUUGACAUCAGAAUUGUGUCUGAAUCAGUGAAUAUGAGGAACAUGCUUUUAACACACAUGCUCAUCAAACCAUCUGAAUCUAGCUUGCUCUAUUUUGUAUGUGCGUAUUACAAAUAAUCUUCAUAAUACCACAGGGUAUUCAUGAUAUCAGGGGGUGUUUCAUGAAAGGACUUGUCGGACAUUUUAUCCGACAAGUACCAGUUUAUCCGACAGUUACCAUAGGAACAGUGCCUCUCAGCCAAUCAGAAUCAAGGAAAGAUGUCAGAUCUGACAACUUGUCGGAUGAAAAUAUUGAUGAAACGCUCCCCAGAUGUAA